CGAAACGCCGAAGCAGCAAUUAAUUGAUAUUUGAAGUGUCAGCGGAAUUAAAGUCUGACAAAACAUCUACUUACUUAAUUUCCUUAGAAUUGUGUUAUAUUCUCCGCAGAUCAGAUCAUUAGAUGAGAAACCAACCAGUGGAAGAAGCCAAUUGAACCACCCGCAACAUUUUGAGGUAACCAGUUAUGUAGGGUCAACUCGCUAUCUCGCUCGCACUUGCACACGUGCUCGACACUUACCCUAACCCUUAAAAAAUCCCGCCCUUCUACUUGCCACACCCGUUAAGAUGGCUCCUAAGAAGCAUAGUGGGUUUAUGAUGUUUGUAAACGAGUGGAGAAACCAUAACGCCGAGGGCCGCCGAAUGACGCUGGCGCAGGCUGUUUCCCACUGCGGAACCAUUUGGGAGAAAAUGACCACCCAACAGCGGGGUCCGUACAACUCAGGCGCCAAGGACGCAGACGUGGCGGAUCGCGGUAAAAGGGAGCGUCUCAACUGUUACGGCCAGGGCAUCGCUCAGGUAGACCUGGCCCACAAGGAGGCCGCCGAGAGUUUAAUGCACAUGAAGCGCACCACCGAGCGCCUCGUGAUAAACGCCAAGAAGUCCUAUGAUCUGGAGAAUGCCAAGUUUGUCUUCGCCACCUUUAAUUACUUUACUAAGGCUUUGACCACCGACGUCUAUGUGCCCGCCGAGUUUGCGGCAUGCGAAUACUCAUUGAAAGAGGGAGUACGGUCCAUCUACAGCACCAUGAUUGACCCAGGUCAGAUCAUCUUUGGGCAAGGUAGUGAUGCCCUGCAUCACUCGUCAACCACACACGACCUGCCGCUGCCGCCCAACGCGCUGGGCGAGAAGAACAUGGCCAAACUGUACCGCAACAUUGUUUGCUACUUAACCAAAUGCCAGGGUGCAGACAAGCCCUUAAUCGUCUUUACACCCACCGAAAAUAUUGCCAUGGUAAAUUCAUGUUUUCGCUAUUUGGAGUGCGAGGAUGACUCCGGGGACGGAGGCAGAAAAAUCCAGGUGUUUGAUAUCCAGUACUUGCUAUUCAUAUUAAAGAAGGCGGUCAUGGAUGUCGCCGGUUUAAAUGAUGAGAAAAUAAACAAAUUUGUAACGGAUGCAUUUUUUAAGAAAGACUUUUUUGAAUUUACCUCAGGGAUUGCGUGCCAGUACCACGAGGAUAAUGAUCGAACUAAGUACUGUACCCAGAGUAUGGUGACUAGAUGGGCGUAUACCUUUAGUGAUUUUAUGUGUGGAGACCUUGCCAUAACUGUCCAGCCCGGAAAGCAUAUACCAGCCGAGACAAAACCCAACUACCGUAUCAUAUGCUCGGACGCAUCCUCACUUGCCCACGAGUCCUCCUUCGAAUCCUUUUACUCGUGUCCUGGGUCUCGGGUCAAGAAGGAAACCCAAUCCGAAGAUUUUUCGCUUUCUAGCAGUCAAAUUUCUGUCGCAUCUAGGUCCUACACGCCCACGGACCACACCUCCUUUACCACGGACUUAACCAAAGUGUGUGAAUUCCCCAGCCUCGGCAUGCGUAAAUCCAGUAAGCACACCGGCCCCUCCGUUAGUACUCAGCGGGAAAGGAACGCUGGAGCUUGGAACUUACCGGCGCAUUCGCGUUCUAUUCAGAAGUAUUCAGACAACGACUUUAGCGUAACCGACUCUGUUAGGAAACUUAAAAACUAAGACACAUUGGACUUGAAAACGAUGAUUCCUGAAUAUAAUAUUAAGUAUUUUCUGUAUUCCACCUAACUGAAUUCGUAAUUUAAUUUUUUCUUUUUUAAUUUAAUACAUUAUAACUACUGCGAAUCUAA